AUGCAUUUGAUGAAGGGACUUUUACUCGUGGUGUGCCUGGUUGCCUUUGCCAGCGCCAAGCCCCAAAACUUCCAGAUCUUCGGUCGCCAGCGAGAUGAGCCCGCCGCCCAAGGACGCCUGAGCACCUCUCAGCUGACCAGUCUGCUGAACAGCCUCAAGGGCACCAGCUCCUCUACUACAGCAGCUCCCACUACCACCACGCUGCCAUCCACCUCUACGAUCACGACCUCGCCAACUGGACCCACCACCUCGACCGGCACCACGACUUCUACCACCACCCCCACCACCAGCUCGCCCUCCUCCACCGCUCGCCAGUUGGAGCCUCUCGAUGAUCAGGAGGACGACGAGGAGGAGCAGCAAUUGGGCAACCAGCAGCACUUCCAGCUGGAGGAUCAGUACGAUGACGAGGAGGAGCACAACCAGGUGGCCCGCUCGCAGGCCAACCGCCGUCGCCAGGUGAACGCCCGCCGUCAGCGCCAGCGUCUGCAGCAGAAGUACCGCCGCCGCCAGCAGCAGCAGCGCCGUCGUCGCCAGCAGCAACAGCAGAAGCGCCGCCAGCAGCAGAAGCGUCGCCAGCAGCAGCGCCGCAGGAGGCAGCAGAACCAGAAGCGCCGCCAGCGCCGCAACCGACGCACCAACAUGCGCCUGGCCAGCCGUUUCCGCCAGAGCACCCCCAACCGGAACCGCGUCAUCCGCAUCGGCGCCUAA